UUCCUGAGGCCUCUCGGCUUCUCAGGAGGAAAAAAUCCAAGGAAAGGAUUUUUCAGAAAACAUGUCUGUGACAAGGAAUUCCACUAGUUGACACAAGGAAAGAGAAAGGUGGGGGUUGAUAUCUUAGAAGGGAGUCUUAGGUAUCAGGUGUUUGGGGAAGUCUGUACCUCCCAAGCACCUCAGCCAAUGGGGAAAGGGGAAAAUGUGGCUGGAAAUUGGGAUAAAAAGGGAGGCUGUGUCCUCCUAAAAUUGGAGAGAUCCCAGGAGAAUGCCCCAUAGCCUCUCCCUUUAUUUAAAUAAAGUAAAAGGGCUCCUCUGCCUCCUUUUUGGCCAUGAACCUCUGGUGUUUGUGGAUUAAUUUUCCUGCCAGGAGUAAUUCUCAGUAGUUCCAAUGCAUUUUCCAGCUACAGCUGCGAUAGUGGCGUUACGUUUUACUCCUCAGUGAGAACAGAGCAUUUCACACUGUAUUUGGGUGUGCCAGCAGCAGGGACGGUGACACUCAGCAGUACAUUAAGGUAAGUGUGUUACCAGCGUUAUGUGACCUGACAGAGCUUUGAUGUGUACUUACCUUAUCUUUAUUCCCACUUCCUGGAAAAAAUCCACUGGCCAUUAUUAGUUAUUUAAACCCAGGUCCUUUCCCCUGUCCUCUCUUUUCUUUCCAGAAAGAUGCUGUUUUUCAGCCCAGGAGAUUGCCUUUCACCAGCUCAGACAAAAGCACCUCCUAAGAUUUUUUCACCAUGAAAAAUUCCUGCCACUAUCCUGGCACAUGGCAUCAGGAGUUCUGAGACCUUUUCCCUUGGGACUGCAAAUCCUUCCUUGGGCAGGCAUGGAUGGAGAAUUUAGGAAAAUUCUGAGCACUGAUCCUUCUCUGCAAAUCUGUGGUAAAAACUCCAUGGUGUCAAUUAGCUUGGAUGUAGGAAAGCAGAAGCACUUUCAAAGCUUCUUUAUGUUUAAAAAUGUGGUUUCUCAAGGAGUGAGCUCUCCAGAUUUUUAAAUCCUGUUUUUCUUCUGUACUAAAUUUAUUUCAACAUACCUAUAUAAGCACAUAUUCAGAUAUGAAAUAGAAAAAGAAAUAUAUUUGAGAUUUUAGGAUUGUUUUCUACCUGAAAUAUUUGGUUUCAGUAAAUAUAAAAUUAAAAUGAGACUUGAAAAGUAGCACAGAACAUCAUAACCUCAGUGGGUGCCUCAGUACUCAGUGUUUCUUUCCUCAGCCAGAGAUGGGCACAGGGCAGGUUUGCCUUCCAAAACCUGUGUUAACUGGUAACCCCUCCUUGGUGGAAGGCCAGUGGAAUGCAACCUGAGUUUUGGACUCAAAAAGGAGAUCAAAGUCAGGCUUUGUUUUUAAAAUAAAAAAAAAAAAAACCACAGUCUCCUUCGGAGCUGGAUGUUUAUCAGAAAAAUCAUUGAUCCUGAUCAGAGUCUGAAGCAAUGUUAAAAACUAGUGUGACAUACUGAAGCUGAUUUUCUCCAGAGGCCAUCAAAUUUCCUUUAGAACAUCCUUAAGAAGAGACUUCUUGAUUUUUUGGUGGCCUUUUGGAUAGAAUUUACCCAGCAUUUACGAGUUUAUUGAGAGUCUCUAAACAGCUCUGCUUAAAAAAAUACAAAGCAAAUCUCUCGUUGGACUAAAGACUCUGCACUAUUUAGGCAGGUCUGUUACAAAACCUUUAGCAGACCUGAAUAUCUUUUCAAAAGCCUUAUUUGUCACAGAAGAAAACCAAUUCCACUGGAACCAAGAAGUAAACACCAGAUAUUUAAACCCCAAGUAUUCUCUUAAGAGCUGUAGUUUAUUAAGCAGUUCUGCUAAGAACUGCAGUCACCUAAUAUUUCCUGCUGACCUCCACAAGAUGCAAAGUUCUUGCAAACCAUGACCCAGAUCACCACAGCUAUUAAAUCAUAUAAUUUCUUUAUAUUCCACUUGCAGCAUACCUGCAGUUAUUUAGGAAAAAAAAGUUAUUUAAAGAAUGACAGUACUGAGAUCAAAUCUUAGAACACAUCUGACCAUUUUUAUGGUCAGAAAAAUGCAGGGAAACACGCUGGUCCUCUCAUUAAAAUUCAAUAACCUGGAAGGAGGAAGGUUGGAAUGGAAAGUAUUCACCCUGAGAUACUGCUAAGUUGCAUUUAAAAACUGCAAGUUAGGAUGAUCCUUAUCAUUUGCUUUAGUAUUGAUCAAAGCAGAGCAUGCAUUACUGCAAGCAAUAAAUUCCAACCCUAACAAACAUUAACCUUCAUUUUUAGUAAGUAGGGAUAAUAAAAGGUGCAUUUAUAUACUGUACCCUCGCUAUUUCCCGAAUUAAAGUUGAAAAUUACUUUUUACGAUUUAAUUGGUAAAGUGCAUCCUGAAAAGGUUCAAACUACAGGGUUAAAUAGGAGCAGCCCUCAAAGUGUUUGCCUCAAAAUGCCUUGGAAUUUGAACUCAUUCAUGUCUUCAUCUAUUUGUGUACCUAUGUGAGAGGGAAGGAUUCUUUUCCCACGGCUGUAAAAUGUCAUUUCUCUUGUCUAUGAGGAAAAUAACAUUAGAAUCCUUGAAAUCAAUGUUUAUUUUUUUCCUUUGGUGGCUGAGGAAAAGAAGGAUUGGUGGUAAAAUUAAAAAUCUUUUAAUGGGCUUACAGCAUCCCAAGGAGAGCAACCCCUAAAACAAAACUAGACAAAUAAAUGAAGGUACUUUUCUAUUGAAGACACCUUUUGAGCAGGUGGGAGCUCUCCAGACAGACAUUCCAGGUGGACUAAAGAAACCAGGUGCUCAGGCAAAAACUCAAACUGCAUCUCUUCAAUGCUGCUUUUAUGGGAUCUGAAGGAACAAAAUGGAAAACAGAUCUGAAGGAGAAAGGACAACUGACACAUCUACACAAAUGAAUCAAAGAUUACACUAAAUCUCAGAAAAAUUCCUCAGCAAAAUUUUACUUAACAGAACAUUAAACAUUACAUACCCCAUUAUCUUUUCAUCAAAGUUAUGUGUUUUUUGGGGUUUUUGUUGGUCUGUAAAUUCCAGGGUUGAAGUGAUGUGAAAGUUGUGCCUGCUUCAUUUCAAGGGACAAUGUUAGCCCCAUAAUAUGACCUCCCCUUCUUUUUUUUUCUUUUCACAUCAGCUGUUUCAAUAGUCUCUGCGGCAUUUCAGGAACAACACAGGCAAAGAAAAAAACCCCAAAGUUUUGUCUGACCAUUCUUACUGUGGUAAUUUUUCAAGAAGUUGUUAUUUAAAAUGGAAGAGCUUCUCUUGUAUCUUAACCCCAUUUCUGUGAGAAUUAAACAAGAAAAACAAAGAGAGGGAAAAGCCAGUGACUAAAAAGACAUGGACAUGCCUUGCUUGUAACUGGCUGGGAAAUCCAACAGGAGAAACACACUUGGCAAGGAUUCCUGCACCUGAUUAACUGCAAACAAAUUUAAAUAAAUAAGUUCUAAAAAGGACAAAGCAUUGAGUGGAAGACAUUCACCCUGAAUCAACACAGAGAAGACUGGUCACCCUUUCUGAGGCAAAGAGCUGCUAAACAGAUAAUUCUGGGAGCUGCCAAACAGAUAAUUCUGGUAGCCCACACUCUGUUUAGCACAUGCUUCCAUCUCCAAGGAACUGAGGCAAAGCCUAAUUAAAUGAAGAAUGGAAAGAAGGUCUCCUAGAUAAGAAGAAAACCAGUUUUUGGGAGGAAGAUAAAACCUGUCCGGACCUUUGGAGUAGUUCAAAGGAAGGACUGGCUAUAAAAGCUGGAUCGUUCCAGUGAGGACAUCCUGCAAAGUGAAUGUGAGAAGCCACAGAAGCCCUUACACACAGAAAUUUCAGCAAGGAAAACAAAUGGGUGAAGAAAGCUUGAAGAGAAGAAAAGGAGAGGACAAAGGAAGAGAGGACAGACAAUCCAUCCAGAGUCAUGAGCCCCAAACGAUGAACCUACAGAAGCAGGUGGGCCUGAUUAGUGGAAUCUGUAUGAUUGUGGGUACCAUUAUUGGCUCAGGUAUCUUCGUUUCUCCAAAAUCAGUUCUUGCCAAUGUGGAAGCUGUGGGUCCUUGUUUAACCAUCUGGGCAGCCUGUGGAGUUCUGGCAACAUUAGGUGCACUUUGUUUUGCUGAGCUUGGUACAAUGAUCACAAAGUCUGGGGGAGAAUAUCCUUACCUCAUGGAGGCUUUUGGGCCAAUUCCAGCCUUUCUGUUCUCUUGGACGAGCUUGCUGGUGACCAAACCCAGCUCCUUUGCCAUCAUCUGCCUCAGCUUUGCAGAAUAUGCAUCAGCUCCUUUUUACCCGGGCUGUGACCCACCCCAGGCUGUCAUCAAGUGUCUGGCAGCUGCUGCUAUUGUGGUAAUUACAAUUGUGAAUUCAUUGAGUGUGAAGUUGGCAAGUUACCUCCAGAAUUUUCUCACAGCUGCUAAAAUGAUCAUUGUCACAAUCAUUAUUGUAAGUGGAAUUGUUCUACUUGCACAAGGAAAAACUGAUAACUUUAAAGAUUCUUUCAAGGGCAGUAAAAUUUCUGUUAGUUCUAUCAGUUUGGCAUUUUAUAAUGGACUCUGGGCAUAUGAUGGAUGGAAUCAACUCAAUUACAUCACAGAGGAACUUAAAAAUCCUUACAGAAAUCUGCCACUGUCUAUAAUUAUUGGAAUCCCCUUGGUCACAGUUUGUUAUGUUCUGAUAAAUGUUUCCUAUUUCACUGUGAUGACUUCAACAGAGCUCCUGCAGUCCCAGGCUGUUGCUGUGACAUUUGGAGACAGAGUCCUUUAUCCAGCCUCUUGGAUAGUUCCUCUCUUUGUGGUAUUUUCCACACUUGGAUCUGCCAAUGGCACCUGUUUCACUGCAGGCAGACUUGUGUAUGUCGCAGGUCGUGAGGGGCACGUGCUGAAGAUUCUGUCCUACAUCAGUGUCAAGCAUUUAACACCAGCACCUGCCAUUAUAUUUUAUGGGGCCAUUGCUAUUAUUUAUGUUAUUCCUGGUGACAUUAAUUCCCUCAUAAAUUACUUCAGCUUUGCAGUCUGGAUAUUUUAUGGUUUAACUGUACUUGCACUAAUUGUUAUGAGGUUUACAAGGAAGGAACUCGAGAGACCUAUCAGGGUCCCCAUCAUCAUUCCUGUCAUAGUGACACUGGUGUCAAUAGUGCUGGUACUGGCACCCAUCAUCAGUGCACCUGAACUGCCCUAUUUGUACUGUACUUUAUUUAUACUUAGUGGACUUAUUGUUUAUGCACUUUUUGUUCAUUUAAAAUUCAGAUGGGCACAAAAAAUAUCAAAGCCCAUCACUAUGCACCUCCAGAUGCUUUUGGAAGUCGUUCCAGAAGAAGACGUUCCUGAAUGAAGUAUUUUAUA